CUACGUCGCCAGGCGCGGACAAUGGCGACUGCAUCAGCCUGAGGCGGACUUCGUUCUCCAAUAGUUGUCCGGCGUGGCAGGAGGAAGCCGUGGGGCCUCCGGAGUCAGCCGCGGCGGUGACAGCGCGCUUGCGCGCUUCCGCCUCGCCCUGGACUUAGCGGCGGCGGCGGCGAGGCCCCCGCGGAGGCCGCCAGCGCCCUUUUGGCCUCUUCAGUUCUCCGACCGCUGCGUCCGGGACUACGCGAGAACCAUGAGUGGCAACAACUUGAGCGGGAACGAGGAGUUUGAUGAGCAGUUGCGAAUGCAAGAAUUGUACGGAGGAGACCCCAAGGAAGGUGACACCCAGAAUGAGCCCUCUGGAGAAACCGAUUCUUUGGGACAACCACCAGAUGACACUCCCUAUGAGUGGGACCUUGAUAAGAAGGCUUGGUUCCCUAAGAUCACCGAAGAUUUCAUUGCUACGUAUCAGGCUAACUACGGCUUUUCUAGUGAUGGUGCAUCCAGCUCUACUGCGAAUGUCCAGGAUGCCAAUACUAAGACUGUAGAAGAACCUCCACAAAAAGAAAUCCCAGAAACCACUGACUCCAAACGGAAGGGAGAAAAGAGAAAGGCUGAAUCUGGAUGGUUCCAUGUUGAAGAAGACAGAAAUACAAAUGUAUAUGUGUCAGGUCUCCCUCCAGACAUUACAGUGGAUGAAUUUAUACAGCUUAUGUCCAAAUUUGGCAUUAUUAUGAGAGAUCCUCAGACUGAAGAAUUUAAGGUCAAACUUUACAAAGAUGAUCAAGGAAAUCUUAAAGGAGAUGGGCUUUGUUGUUAUCUGAAGAAAGAAUCUGUGGAACUUGCAUUAAAACUUCUGGAUGAAGAUGAAAUUAGAGGCUACAAACUGCAUGUGGAGGUGGCGAAGUUCCAGCUGAAGGGUGAAUACGAUGCCUCAAAGAAGAGGAAGAAGUGCAAAGACUAUAAGAAGAAGCUCUCUCUGCAACAGAAGCAGUUGGAUUGGAGACCGGAGAGACGAGCUGGACCAAACCGGCUGCGCCAUGAGCGAGUUGUCAUUCUCAAAAAUAUGUUUCACCCCAUGGAUUUUGAGGAUGAUCCAUUGGUACUGAAUGAGAUCAGAGAAGAUCUUCGAGUAGAAUGUUCAAAGUUUGGGCAGAUUCGGAAGCUCCUUCUGUUUGAUAGACACCCAGAUGGUGUGGCCUCUGUGUCCUUCAGAGAACCAGAGGAGGCUGAUCAUUGUAUUCAGACUCUGGAUGGAAGGUGGUUUGGUGGCCGACAGAUCACUGCUCAAGCCUGGGAUGGGACUACAGAUUAUCAGGUAGAGGAGACCUCAAGAGAAAGAGAGGAAAGGCUGAGAGGCUGGGAGGCAUUCCUCAAUGCUCCUGAAGCCAACAGAGGCCUCCAGCGUAUGGAUUCCAUCUCCAGUUCAGAAAGGCCAGGGCCUUCCAGAGUGAGGCAUUUUUCAGAGCACCCAAGCAUGUCUAAUAUGCGUGCUCAGGAAGCUACAACUGGAAUGGAAUUUGAAGAAACUAUCGAUGAAAAUAAGUUUGAAAAGGCAGAAGAUGGGGGAGAAUCCGAAGGAGAUGCUUCUGAAAAAGAUGCCAAAGAAGGUGGGUCUGAUGGGGACUACCCUGAGAAAGAAAGUGGAGAAGGCUGCUCCAAGAAAGAGAAUGAAGAGGGCUGCCCCAAGAGAGAGAGCAGAGAAGGCUGCCCUGAAAGGGCGCUUGAGCCUGAAGAGGGUAAUCCUAAAAAGGAGUCUCAAGAGAAUGGCCCUGAAAGAGAAGCUAAGAAGAAAAGCAAAGAGAAUUAUGAGAAGAAUGGCCUUGUGAAAGAAUCUGAAGACAAUGACCUCAGUAGGGAGUCUGAAGGGGAAGACAGCCUCAAGAAAGAGUCGGAAGAUGACUCAGACAAGGAGUCUGAGGAAGACAGCUCAGAAAAGCACUCUGAAGAUGCCUCUGACAAAGAGUUAGAAGAAAAUGGUGUUAAAAAAGAUGUUGACCAGGAUGCCUCUGACAAGGAGUUCCCAGAAAAUGUGGAGAAAGAGUCAGAAGAAAAUGAGACUGACAAAUCAGAAUUUGAUGAAGGUUCUGAAAGAGUGUUAGGUGAGGAAGGCUCUGACAGAGAAUUUGAGGAAGAGUCAGAUGAAAAGGAGGAUGAUGAUGAUGAUGAUGAUGAAGAGGAGGAAGAGGUUGUAUAUGAAAGGGUUUUUGAUGAUGAUUCUGAUGACAUUGAGGAGGAAGAAGAAGCAGAUGAAAAGGAGUGUGAAGAUGCUGAUGACAAAGAGGAAGAUGAUGACAUAGAUGAAAAGCUCUUUGAUGACUCAGAUGAGAAGGAAGAUGAAGAAGACACAGAUGGAAAGAAAGAUGACGAUGCCAGUGAUAAAGUAUUCGAAGACAAUUCCAAUGAGAAGUUGUUUGAUGAGGAAGAAGGUCCCAAUGAGAAGUUGUUUGAUGAUUCUGAUGAAAGAGGGACUGUGGGGAAUGUGAAAGAAGAUGGGUCUCAGUCCACAGACAGCAGCUUUGCCCUCAGUAGUAGUGAUGAUGAUGAUGAAGUGUAAUCUUUUCCAGUUGCUUCUUAGGGAGAGCCCUGCAUCUCCAUUUGCCCACGCUUCAGGGCCAAUAGUAGUGUUAUAUCAACAUAUGUAUAGUGGUAGGAUGCCAUCAGACUAAUGUCUCAAAGGUUUUUGUUCUCACCUGUACCAGUGGAUUUAAAUAUGUUUAUUGGUUCUUCAGUUCAAAACUUCAUAGUCACCAUGCAAGUAAACUGGAUACCUGUCAUUUUGUUGGAUUUGUUAAAUGCAUGCAAAAGAAUAUUUUUAAAGUAUUCUAAUUGGAGUUUGUGAUAUUCAGAAAUAAAGAUUAAAUUGGUAAUAUGCAGAACCUGAAA